GAUAUGGGGCACCAGAAGAUUCUCCAUUUCAUAUCAACGUGUGUUGCUCGUGAUAGGGAUUUGCUUGCUUUAUUAAAAAAAAGAGAGAAUUGUUGCGUAUUCUGUUAUGUUUACAAUUUGUAACAGACGCAAAAGAAAUGCGCUCUGUUAGUAGAUUCAUCUGGCAAGUUAGAUCUAGGUAAGCUUUCAACUGAGGUGGUUCACUUAUGCAAAUGUCACACCCAAAAUCUUAAGUAACAUGACUGAGCUGGUUCAAAAUGGCAAACCCGUCCCCAGACGUCCUGGAGUGGGAAUUGGGGUUCUUGUGACAGAUUCCUGCAACCCAGGAUGCAUUCUGUUAGGAAAAAGAAAAACCAUGGUGGGAAAAGGUAAAUACCAGUUACCAGGAGGUCACAUUGAAUUUGGAGAAACGUGGGAGAACUGUGCACAGAGAGAGGUGAUGGAGGAAGCUGGUGUCCAUGUGAAAAACAUCCGCUUCACAUCUGUCGUCAACUCCAUCAGACUGGAAGAAAACUACCAUUAUAUCACAAUCUUCAUGCAGGGAGAGCUGGACAGGUCUUUAUCCGCUGAACCAGUCAAUCUGGAACCGGAGAAAAAUGAAGGUUGGGCAUGGACACGAUGGGAGGAGUUUCCACCUGAAGAACAGCUUUUCCUGCCGUUGGCUAAUUUAAGACAGCAGGGAUUCCAGCCAUUCAGAACCAGUUAAAUGGAUUUUCUGUCAUCAAGAAAUUAACCUUGACACGGCUUUUACACCUGAUUCAGAGUCAGGUGGCCUGAAGUGAAAAUGCAUUGCUGGCUCUCUUGAGCUGAAUCAUCAUUCAGGAGAAAAUCUUCAAAGACAUCAUGUACUGAGAUGCAUUUGUUUUCUGAUUGACUGAUGCAACUAUUGACGUGACUCAUGGAACAGAGGAUUAAAGGUUGUAAUCU